AUGAUCACGCUCUUACUCGGUGUUGGUAUUAUUAUUUAUCUUCUUUUUAAAAUAAUUGAUUCAACUGAUGUACCGAAAAUUCGUGGUUUACCCGAAGCAUUCGGUUGGCCUAUUUUUGGAAGCUUAUUUCAACUAGGCACAAACCAUUCUCUUGCACUAUCAAAACUAUCGAAAAAACUCGGUCCUGUUUUUCAAAUUCGUCUUGGAAAUAAACGAAUUAUCANUACAAGAAGAAAUAACAUUUUAAACAGUACAUGUAGCAUUCGAAUGUAA